AUGGCACCCACUUCAAUUGCUAAACAUUACGACUACCUCGUCAUUGGCGGCGGCUCCGGUGGCGUAGCCUCUGCUCGUCGUGCUGCUUCAUAUGGAGCCAAAGUGUUGCUUGUUGAGGCCAACUAUAAGAAGUUGGGAGGGACUUGUGUCAAUGUGGGAUGUGUCCCAAAGAAGGUUAUGUGGUAUGCUGCCGACAUGGCCCACAAGAGAGAACAGUUGCAGGCGUACGGGUUGGCGACGCUGGACCAGAAGGUGAAAUAUGGAGACUUCAACUGGCCCAUGAUCAAGACCAAGAGAGACGCCUAUGUGAAGAGAUUAAACGGCAUCUACGAGAAGAACUUGGAAAGAGAGAAUGUGGAGUACGUCUACGGGUACGCCCAGUUUGUCAACGAAAAGGGCAACGUCGAGGUAACUUUGUCUGAGGACCAGGAGGUGCCUUUCUUGUCGAAGCUGUUCAAGAAGCACGAGAAGUUGCUUUUUUCCGCAGACAAGAUCCUUGUGGCAACUGGAGGGCAGCCAAUUAUCCCUAACGUGGAAGGGGCAGAGCACGGAAUCAACUCUGACGGCUUCUUUGAGUUGGAGCAACAGCCAAAGUCUGUGGCUGUCGUUGGCGCUGGCUACAUUGGUGUGGAGUUCGCUGGUGUGUUCCAGGCGUUGGGAACCCAGACCAACUUGGUCAUUCGUGGUGACACCGUUUUGAGAAGCUUUGAUGAGGUGAUACAAAAUGCCAUCACCAAUCACUACUCGGAAAGAUUGGGGGUUAACGUGAUCAAGCAGUCUGGUAGUGUUACCAAAGUUGAGAGGAAUGGAGACAAGAAAAGAGUGUACUUGGGUAACGGCGAGGUCCUUGAGGUCGAUGAGCUCAUUUGGACCGUGGGCAGAAAGUCGUUGUCCAACUUAGGUUUGGAGCACGUCAAUGUCAAGACGAACGAGCGUGGCCAAAUAGCCGUGGACGAAUAUCAGCAAUCGAGCAACCCUAACAUCUUCUCUCUAGGUGACGUUAUUGGUGGUGUUGAAUUGACCCCAGUGGCCAUCGCUGCCGGCAGAAAGUUGUCCAACAGAUUGUUCUCUGGCGAUGAAAAGUUUGCCAAGGACAAGUUGGACUAUACGAACAUUCCGUCUGUGAUCUUUGCCCACCCAGAGGCUGGGUCCAUUGGAUUGAGCACUAAGCAGGCAAUCGAGAAAUACGGCGAGGAAAAUAUCAAGACGUACAACUCCAAGUUCAACCCUAUGUCUUACGCCAUGAUGGACCACGACGAGGAGAAAGUGCCAUGCGUAUACAGAAUUGUGUGUGCUGGCCCAGAGGAGAAGGUCGUCGGGUUGCACAUUGUAGGCGACUCGUCAGCGGAAAUGUUGCAGGGAUUCGGUGUUGCCAUCAAGAUGGGUGCCACCAAGGCAGACUUUGACAACUGUGUGGCGAUUCAUCCUACAUCUGCCGAGGAGUUGGUGACGAUGCGUUAG